CACAAUCAUAGGCUGGCAGGAAACCAGUGACUAUUUGUCACUCCUUCCAAAAAGAAGGAAAACCGUUGGUGGCAGAUAUUCGGUACCAUCAAGUAUCCAGCAGAGAGAGUAAAUCUCCUUUUCUCCAUGCCGGGAUACUCAGAGUUUUACUUCAAUGUGGACCAUGGCUACCUGGAGGGUCUGGUCCGAGGGUUCAAAGCGGGGAUCUUGACAAGUGCGGACUAUGUCAACUUAGCACAGUGUGAGACACUAGAAGAUCUGAAGUUACAUCUACAGACUACAGACUACGGCAACUUCUUGGCUAACGAAACUGGCCCUCUCACUAUUUCCACCAUCGACGAUAAACUGAAAGCAAAACUACUCACAGAAUUUCAUUACUUUAGAAACCAUGCUUUUGACCCACUGGCCACUUUUCUGAAUUUUAUCAC